AUGGAAGAGGAAAAUAAAAAAAAGCAAUAUCUCCAUGUAGCAGUUUGUACUGGUGAUGUUGACCAAGUUCGUGAUAUUCUCGAAAGUGACUCGUCUUGUGUGAACGACUAUAAUCGUUAUUUUCAGACAUCUCUAAAUUUAGUCUGUAAUAGCUCCUAUCAUCCUGACAAUAAAUUUCGAAUUAUGCAACUACUGAUUGAUUAUGGGGCGGAUGUAAAUAUACGAGGAAUUCAUGAAGAAUCACCACUGACUUUGGCCAUCGAACAAAAUCAUAUCAAUGGUAUCAAGCUCCUUAUACAAAGUGGAGCUGAUCCAACUUGGGCUUUGAUCAAGAUGGUUAAUCAACUAGAAAAAACUUCCUUUAAUGUUAUAAGGAUUCUGAUAGAACACAUGAACUUAGACUCUAAUAUUAUUGAAUAUAAAUAUGGUACGCUUUUAGAUAAAGCAAUUUCCCUCAAAGAUUUCGAUUUAAUGCAAAUGCUUGUAGACCUUGGCAUAAAGAGUACGGAUAUUUAUCACAGAUUAUCAUGUCUGUGUACGGCAAAAAGCUCAACUUCUGUGCUGCUGCAGCGGCUUAUCGAGUACCUGCUAAGCCACGCGACUAAAGUAGAUUCACACGGUCACUUUACGUUAAAAGCACUCAAGUGCUAUAUGGUGACAUAUUAUCACCACGACAAAAGACACUGGAAUACAUGUAGCCUAAAAAAGUAUCUACUGGAGCGGGGCAUCGAUGACGACGACGAUUUGGGUGAUUCUGACCUUCAUAGAGCUGUCCGAAAUGAAGACAAAGAACUUGUCCAAUCUUUGCUCGCAAAGGGAUCGAAUGUCAAUGCGAGAAAUAAUUUUGGUGACACGCCACUGCAUUUGCUGUUUGCAGUAUAUGAGCCCACUAGGGAGGAAUUUUACUACGACUUUACUAAGCUCCUCAUUGAAUAUGGUAAGUUGUACAAGCAUUAUGAUUUGAAUCGAACGUAG